AAAAUAAAUAAACAAAUUAAUAAUUAAUAAAUAAAUAAUGACUAGUGAUUUUGUACAAAUUAAUGACUGGCCAAUUUGGUACGACAAGUAUGGUACCGGUCCACAACCAUUACUUAUGAUACCUGGAGGGAUAGGAACCGGUCAAACAGAUUUUUAUGAACAACUAGAAGGCGACGAUAUACUAGACUUCGAUCAGUUAACUAUAAUAGCUGUAGAACCGCCUGGUUAUGGACGUUCCCGACCACCUAAUAGACGAUACGAUAGCAAUGUCUACGAUACUGAUGCCGAAUGUUGCUAUCAGCUCAUGAAACACUUAGGAUUUGAUACAUUUCACGUAAUUGGUUGGUCAGAUGGCGCGAGAUCGGCAAUCACACUGGUCUGCAAAUAUCCCGAAGCGGUUACAAAGCUGGUGGUGACCAAUAUAUUUGCUUUUGCCGAUAAUAAGACACUGUCUGUAUUGAAAUCUAAUCAAACGGUGGAUCGUUGGCACCAGGAUCGCGUCAAAUGUUAUUUGCGGUCCUAUAAGGAUACAGUAGAGAUUCAGCGAAUGUGGGACAGACAGAUCAGAUUCAUGGAACAUAUGCGCACAUACCUACCCAACGAUCCCAAUGAAGAAAAAUAUAAAUCGAUAAAAUGUCCCGUUUUGGUCAUACAGGGAGAUAAAGACCAUAUAACUAGUGCCGAGCACUCGGAGUAUAUUAUGAAAAGGGUGUCGACCGCUGAGUUGCACCGGUUUGCCAAUGGUAGCCAUGACUUACAUCAGCGAUAUUCGGCAACAUUCAAGAAAGUGGUCGAAGAUUUCCUAUUGCACGGCAUAUUAAGUCAACCGACCCGUAAACGCGAAUAUAAAUAUAUACCACAUAAGUCUAUUAAAUAAUAAUAAUAAUAAUACUUAAAGAUUAUUAUUAUUAUUAAAAUAUUUGAUAAGUUGAAAUUUGAAGUUGAAUGUACCUAGUAUAUAAUUUAUUAU